AUGGCAGAUUAUGUGGGCCAGCAACAAACUACCAAAACCACAGAGGAGCCCCUGGAUCUUAUCAGGCUCAGCCUAGAUGAGUGAAUUUACAUGAAAAUGGGAAAUGACUGACGGCUUCAAGGUAGAUUACAUGCUUAUGAUCAACAUUUAAAUAUGAUGUUAGGAGAUGUAGAAGAAACUGUGGCUACUAUAGAAACUGAUGAACAAACAUAUGAAGGGAUAUGUAAAUCAAUGAAACCGAGCAUUGCAACGCUCUUUAUCCAGGGAGAUGGUGCUGUCCUGGUUGUCCCUCCACUGAAAGGUGGCUGACACAAAGAAUUUGUCCUGUAUGGAAAAUAGGAGACUUUGUACAAUCGCCUCUUUAAAUGUGCAAAGCAUUUGAAAGAGAAAACUGCACACAUUUUGAUAUUAAGAAAUAAUUCUGAGGAUUUUUCCAUUCUUGAAAUGAAUUG